AAGAAAAUAAACUAAAUAAAGCACAAUAUUCAUGGCCAAGUCUAGAACUACUAGUAUUACUUGCAAGAAGAAGAAGAGCAUUGUCAAGCUCAAAAUUGUAGUCGAAAAGCUUAAAAAAAGUCUAUUGUGCGGUAGGUCAAAAUCAUCAGUUUCCAACUGCGAUGACACAAAAAAUGUGUCCGAAGAUGUGAAGGAGGGUCACUUUGCUGUGAUAGCUGUGGAUGGAGAUGAACCAAAGAGAUUUGUGGUUGCAUUGAGUUACUUGACGCACCCAACUUUCUUGAAGCUAUUGGAGCAAGCAGCUGAGGAGUAUGGUUUUGACCAUGAAGGUGCAAUCACCAUUCCUUGUCCGCCAAGCGAGCUUGAGAAGAUUUUACAUGAUGAUCAGCAAUGGCAAGAGGAAGAAAGGCUCGUCUAGUAACUGGGGUUUUUGUAAAACUGUGGUACAGAGCUACUGAUCAUGAACAAGAUUUCUCUCUUCUCCUAGCCUUGCCUACUGAGAGGCUUACACUGUAGAGAUGAGGAGUGUAGAUUCUAUUGGGACACUGAUAAGAUUUGUUGUAUGAAUACAAACAGAUUCUUGCCCCUUCUUAAAUUCUUAAACCCUAAACCUAAAACCCUAGACACAGUAACUAGAAGCCCUCGAAAGAUGUGUGAAAGGCGUUUUGCAUUAUUUCUUUAAGCAUUUUAAGACGUUUUUGGGAUGA